CGCACAUUUACGUCAUGUGACGUACACUUGAACCCGGAAGGUAUUUCGCUGCAGAGCCGCAGCCACAGUACUUUCAACUUGCAAAGUUUUUAAUAGUAAAGUGAGAGAGUCAAGAUGCCAGUGUUACCUGGGGCCAAUGGUCCAUGAUGCAUGUGGAGGUGUGCUGGUGGGGUUAUGGAGACUCCACUGAACUGUGCUGAAGAGCAACAACUCCCUCCUCCCUUACCUGACUCCUGGUCCACAGUCACACCACAGGAGCCUACUACAGACAGAAAUGACAAGGGGAAUGCUGUUGGCUUUGUGUUGGUGCAUGCAGGAGCAGGAUACCAUUCUGAGUCCAAAGCCAAGGAAUACAAGCAUGUUUGCAAGAGAGCUUGCCAGAGAGCUGUGGACAGACUGAAAGCCGGUGCUCUGGCAGUGGACGCUGUGACCGCAGCCCUUGUUGAGCUUGAGAAUUCUCCGUUCACCAACGCGGGAAUGGGCUCUAACUUAAACCUGUCUGGGGAGAUCGAGUGUGACGCCAGCAUCAUGGAUGGGAAGUCUCUACAUUAUGGAGCUGUAGGUGCUGUUAGUGGUAUAAACAACCCAGUGCUGGUGGCCAACAGGUUACUGAGUGAAGCCCAGAAAGGAAAACUGUCAGCCGGACGAAUACCACCCUGCUUUCUAGUGGGUCGAGGAGCACAUGACUGGGCUGUGAGCCAUGGGAUACCUCCUUGUCCAUCAGAGAAGAUGGCUACCAAGUUCAGUCUAUCAGCCUACAAGAGGAACAAACAUAAGAUGGAGCUGGCAGAGAAGGUGGAGACUGGGUUUAAUCAUCACAGUAAGAAGAGACGACAAGCGAGUGAAACCGAGAAUGGAUCAGGGUUGCUGGACACGGUGGGAGCGAUCGUAGUGGACAGAGAGGGGAAUGUGGCAGCUGCAGUGUCCAGUGGGGGUUUAGCCAUGAAACACCCAGGCAGGGUUGGACAGGCUGCUCAUCAUGGAUGUGGGUGCUGGGCUGAGAACACCAGUACCCUGAACCCUUACUCUACUGCAGUGAGUACUUCAGGUAAAACAACCCUUCUCCCAAUACCUUGUGUUUUAUGUGCUCUGUCAUCUCUCUAUAUCUCCGUUUCCAGUCCAUUUUGAUUUGACUAAGCCUAUUUUGAGACUGAAGCUCCUUGUUGUCCUAACGUUUGAAGAAGAGGAAGAAGUUAGUUUGGACCUGCCUGCUUUAAAGCUGCAAUAUGUUACUUUUUUUUGGUGACCAGACCAAAUUCACAUAGAAAUGUGUGUUAUAGAUCUGUCAUUCUCAUUGAAAGCAAGUCUGAGAAGCGGUAGAUCUGUUCUAUGUGCGCCAUUUCUAUGCUUUCCGUUCUUAAGUUUUGUUUUUUUGCGUCUUUUUACUUUCGUUUCUUUACACCAGCUGAACAAACAAACACCGACAAACAAAUGGGGGAAAAAAAUGUAUGGAAAGUAUAUUUCACAGCGGUUUAAUUGGUGCAAUGAUUCUCUACAUUGCUUGUUUUGUCACAUAGCAACCAGGAAAUGGAGGAGCAGUUUCUGCAUCUUGCCUCCUUAACUUGCAAAGUGUUCUGAUUUAAAUGUUUCUGAAGUGCAGAUAUAAGUCAGAUACAGUUAUGGGCUGCAUUCCAAACGACACUGCUUUUAACCAGGGACCUGGUCUAAAGUAUUGCACUGUAUAGGGUAGGGGUAUCCAACUCUUACCCUACGAGGUCCAGAGCCUGCUACUUUUCUGUUCUACCUGAUUAAUGAAUUGUACCCACCUGGUGUCCCAGGUCUAAAUCCGUCCCUGAUUAGAGGGGAAGAAUGAAACAACACAGUGCAAUUGACUUCAAGGUCCAGAGCUGAUUUUGAAGCUAUAAGGCGGUGUGUUCCAUUUGGUCUCUUAUGUAGCUGACUGAGUCACGAUGGUUUCUUAUGUAGCUGACUGAGUCACGAUGGUCUCUUAUGUAGCAGACUGAGUCACGAUGGUCUCUUAUGUAGCUGACUGAGUCACGAUGGUCUCUUAUGUUGCUGACUAAGUCACUGACUGAGUCACGAUGGUCUCUUAUGUAGCUGACUAAGUCACUGACUGAGUCACGACGGUCUCUUAUGUAGCUGAGUGAGUCACGACGGUCUCUUAUGUAGCUGACUGAGUCACGACGGUCUCUUAUGUAGCUGACUGAGUCACAAUGGUUUCUUAUGUAGCUGACUAAGUCACGAUGGUCCCUUAUGUAGCUGACUAAGUCACUGACUGAGUCACGAUGGUCUCUUAUGUAGCUGACUAAGUCACUGACUGAGUCACGAUGGUCUCUUAUGUAGCUGACUGAGUCACGUUGUCCCUUAUGUAGCUGACUAAGUCACAGUGCUUUGGAUGGCUGCCCUCCCCCUCAUCUUCUACAUCAGUCACUUCCCUACUUGUUCAGUUCAUUGUGGAGUUUCUCUUUGUUAGUCAUCUGCAGUCCAGGUGUACUGCAAGGCUCAGUGGUUCUGCUAGUUUAGCCUAACACGUGACACCUGUUGUAUGUGGAUAGUGAGGAUGGGAGGGAGGGUGCAUGAGGUCAUGUGGGGGGGGAUUUGUGACCCAAAUGGCACCUUUUUGGUUCUGGUCAGAUGUAGUACACUAUAUAGGGAAUAGGGUUACGUUUGGGAGGCAGCCAGGGGCUGGGCAGUAUUCCUCCUCAGCGGACCGACUGGCCCCUUCUCAAGGCCCAGUUUGUUGGAAUCCUCCAAAACUUAAAUACAUUUGAUUAUCUGUUGUACGUUAGCCUGCUGGUGAAAUUUCACUAUGUAGACCUAUUGUCCUUGUUCUCAAAGUGUGAUCGUCUCCUUACGUUGCUUUUUAACCACUAAAAAGAACUAGUAUUUUUUUUCAAUGGAGUGGUUCUGUUUUGUUAGUUUAGAGUUUCUCCUUUAUGUCUCGCUCAUAAAUGGAGAUGUAUUAACUGAGCAGAACUGGCAGAGGGAAAGAGAGGGAGAAAGAGGGGUAUGAGAGAGGGCGAGAAAGAAAGGGAGAGAGAGGAAUGAGAGAAACAGAGCCAACGAGGGAGUCUGACUAGACUGUCUCUCUCUGCUCCCAGACUCACACUAACUAUGCAGUGCUGGCAAGGAAAGGGAGAAGGAUGGAGGGAGAAAGAGAGCGAGCGAAGGAUGGAGAGAGAGAGCGAGCGAAGGAUGGAGAGAGAGCGAGCGAAGGAUGGGGAGAGAGAGA